AUGCUGUUCCGAGGAAAGUCUUUCAACAAACAGCUUUCGACUGAACCAACAGGCUCUGGGUUCUAUACUCGUCGGUGUGAGGGAGAGACGCGGGCCAUUCAUGUUGCAUAUGCAUCCUUAAUAAACCCCCUAUCGCUUCGCCUACAGACGCGCAAUUGGUUCGUCGAACCACCCAUCUUUGGACACUCCCCCAGCUGUCCAUGCUCCAGAGCACGCACACCGACGUACCGCGGUUGCCGUCCGUUUAUUUCCACCCAGGCGGCUCUCCGGAGUUCUCCUCCAGAAGACAUAGUACCACCCCCUCCACAAGCAAAGCAACAUGCAAAUCUGAAUGCAACUCUUACGGUUGGGUAUCCGGAGUUCGCUUCAGUGUUGACCGCACUCGCAACGGAACCCGACCCAAACGAGAUUUUACGAUCCAUUGAAGAGUCACCCUCAAUGCUUUCAGCAUUUUCUAACCACAAGAAGACGAAUGCUAUAACGGCUUUGCUCGCACAGUCAUCAACCCCCAUUCGCGCCCUCCAGCUUCUCGAACUUGCUCAUGCAACCGGGCACACCUUGCACCACGGUGCAUACGAAGCUGUUUCUUUCCACCUCGCCGCGUCCUGUCAUUGGGACAUGGUUCUUGCGACCGUGGCGACUGGAUUUCAGCACAAGGGUACGGGAACUCUUCGAUUGCUUAACUGGCGAGCGCGUGCUCUGUUCGAAACUGAGCAAUACGCCAUCCUUCAGACCAUCCUCGAAGAAUUUGAAUUUCUCAACAUCCGUCCAACGCAAAGGACAUUCCAUCUCGUUCUUUCUGGUUGUUUACGAAAUCACGAUAUGGAAGGCGCCAAACUUUGCUUGCGUCGUAUGACAGAAGCAGGCUUUCCCAUCAACGACCAGACCCAUGGUUUCAUUGGUCGGUUUUACCGACAGUUCGGUGUGGAUUUACAUGUUCGACAAAAUGCUUUGAACGCAAUAGCAAGUCUUCCUCCGGAGACCGGCCUAGUUGUCCUCAAUCAACUUGUUUCCUCGACGCUCGGCAACGAAGACAUUCCCAACACUCUCCAGCUCCUGUCGUUAUACGAUCCGUCCAGUAUCGAAGAAAUUCGUGCCCAUAUUUCGACAUUUGCGACUGCUGCAUUUGAUAAUCUUCAUUGGACGUUGUCGGAUCUUUCACAUCCUCGCGUCCCAACAUUGGGUGGCCAAGGGUUGAAAGCGGACGCGACGACUAUUGCACUAUUCAUGAAUUUCUUCAUCAAGAGGGCCAAUUACCAGGGCGCCAUCGAUCUCGGCAAUGCAGCCCUCAUGUCUGGAACGCAGGCAACACCAGGCUUAGUGACAUCCUUCGUCCACUCUUACUUUCUACUAGACCACGGAAAUACAGCAAUACGGAUGAUUGAAGGAAUGUGUGGUGAACGCGCAUCUGCUGAAUUCGCAGUCUUGAAGUCGAAAGAGGACCGCGGUUUUAAUGAUCCCAUCCCAAAAAUAUCGAACGUGCCUCUCAACGCUCGUAUCUGCAAUGCCCUCUUGAGAGGGAUGAUACAUCGUCAAGGUCUUCGCGAUGUCUCUGCCGUCUUUGCCAUCAUGCAUGCCAAUGGCCUUGUUCCAAAUGCACGUACACUGGAGAUUAUUCUGUCGUGCAUGUGCCAGACGGGUGUUCGCCCUCGCUCCAUUCUCAGGGUCAUUCGCCAACUUUCGACGGACUCAUUGCAGCUUUCGGUACGCCACAUGCACCAUAUCAUCAGCUACAUCCUUCGGGAGGAGAAACGUGUGCUAUUUGGAACGGGAUGGAAGUCAAUUGCGAAGAAGAAAUCUGGUUGCUACCACCGGCGGAAGCCUAGCGCCACGACCUCGGCGACUGACCCCUUCGACCCUACGGCGGGGAUUAUGGUCGGUACCCAUACACCCUAUCGCAGUAUCGCAGAGCGGAUUGCUGAAUCACUUGCGAGCCGGAGUGUGAGAGCCGACCCAGCUGUCAUCGGUUUACGUAUGAAACGCGACGGUGUCCUGCAUAGCGACCUCGACUCUGCCGUUUCUGUUCUGCGCACUCUGACUGCGCGAGGGAUUCAUGCAAAUGUACAUCACUUCAGCUCGCUUAUGGAAGGCCACGUCAUGUCAGGUAACCUCAACGAAGCCAAGUCGGUCAUGAAGACAGCAGAAAAGUCUGGUGUCAUACCGAAUGCUGUGAUGUAUACCAUUCUCAUCCACGGCUAUGCACGGCAACACAAUCCAAGAGCAGCAGCAGAUACUUUUCGCAAGAUGGUUAAGGCCGGCAUUCGUCCCGACGUCGCAUCCAUCGAUGCAGUCGUCAGUGCCUUUUUCGCAAUUCGCCAAUACGACAAAGCACGACGAACGCUAAUCGCGCUGUGGCCCUAUGUCGACGCCUUUCCGCCUGAUUUGCACCAUGCCGACUUGCGAACCCUAAUCACUCGUUUCCGGUCCUUGAAACCCUCUCGUGCAAAGCGACACAAGGUCCACAGGAGUGUGAUAUACCGUCAGAUGCGAGGUCUACUGGACGUUUAUCGACGGUACUUUGGCCCUUCUCAGUUCCAUCACGAGGGUAGAAGGCAACAAGAUGAUGCAUAG